GUGGUUCAACACCCACCACUCGCCCGACCCAAGCUCCUCUCCAUGUCCCCAUUCAAGCUCUUCCGAAAGACUCCGCGAGUCGGAGCACAGGUUGUGAGUGACUGAGUCCACCCCCAAAGACUCCUUUCCCAUGGCUUUCUCUGCAACUCUGCAUGGUUUCGUUCAACCCAAAGCGAAUCCGAUACAAAACCCGACUGCAAAUUCUCAUUGGCAUGCUUCUCCUUCGAUGGCUUUUCUGAUUCCAACGAGCAAAAUCGCAUAUGGGUCCUCUAAAUCAUUCUUUUUUCGGCGUGGGUAUUCUCUUCAGUCAUCAAAUUUUUCUGGGUCUCUCUUGAGAUCUCGAUCUUCAGGCCUUGUUUAUGCAAGGGCGGCCACGGAGAGGAGUAUAUAUGAUUUCACCGUUAAGGAUGUUGAUGGGAAGGAUGUUUCUCUUGGUAAAUUUAAGGGAAAAGUUCUCUUGAUUGUUAACGUUGCUUCAAAAUGUGGUUUGACGACAUCAAAUUACUCAGAACUCUCGCACAUAUAUGAGAAGUACAAGACUCAAGGAUUUGAGAUUCUAGCUUUCCCUUGCAAUCAGUUUGGGGGCCAAGAGCCUGGAUCUAAUCCAGAGAUUAAGCAGUUUGCUUGUACAAGAUUUAAAGCAGAAUUUCCAAUAUUUGAUAAGGUCGAUGUGAAUGGGCCGAAAACUGCUCCAGUCUACCAGUUUCUGAAGUCAAGUGCUGGAGGAUUUUUAGGUGAUCUGAUCAAGUGGAAUUUUGAGAAGUUCUUGUUGGGCAAAAAUGGUAAAGUUUUUGAGAGAUACCCUCCAACAACAUCGCCUUUCCAAAUUGAGGUAUGUUUCAGUCCUUACCGAAAAAUCUAUAUAAGUUCCUGGGUAUUCAGUUUGUUCUUAAAUCAUGGACUGUUUAAAUAUGUUGCAGAUAGUUGGAAGCCAUAAUGAGGGGUUUAUAGUAUCAUACUGUCAUUUAUAUCUAUCUCGGUACUGUAUGUUUGAGUUAUUAAGGCAUUUAACCCAUCACAUUGUUUCCAAUAUAAAUGUCAUUAAGAAAGCAUUGAUGUGUGGGGAAUGGGAGUAGUAAGAGUGUAGAACAGGCUGCAUAGGAUCAUCUGGCCUGUUCUGUUUGAACUCCUUGUUUCAUAGACAAUAUGUGUGUGCAAACUCACAAAGUCAUAAAAGACUGUUCCAGAUUACAGUGGUUAAAAACUAUGCAGUGUUUACCAAUACAUGUAGAUUUGUUUAAUAUUAAUUGCAAUUAGUUUUAGUUUCCUGGGAAAGCAAGUCACAAGUACUACUUGCAGCUGAGAAAUUUAUUGCCACUUGUUGGGACUAUAUUCUGAUAAUAGUAAUUUGGAUAAUUUAUUUUCUUUUUUGGGUUAUUUGUUACCAUGAUUUAUGCUAGUGCUUUGCAAGAUCUUAUUAGUUUUGAUGUUAUGUAGAACUAAACACUGUUUUUCAAUGUCCCCAGAGAUCACCAAAGCAAUUUUUUCGCUUAUACUUCAAAUUAGAUGGUGUAGAAUAUAAUCUUAUUCCUGAGUAUUUAUUCUCGUCUAAAGUUGAAUAUGGCUCAUAUGCCUGUCAAAACUUUAAUUUCAUUGUACCUAUAAGGUAUACUGUAAAACCAAAUGUGUCAUUUAGCAUUUUGUUGGUGAUUUUGCAUACAAAAGCUGGAAAGCACUAAAACAUCUUGAUGUUGCGGUUCCCUUCUAAAUUAAAAAUAGAUGUCCUCUGCUUAUGUUGCUUCUGUAACUUUCUGUUUCAUCUGUUCCAGAGGGACAUUCAAAAGCUUCUUGCGGCAUAAAUGUUCAUUGGGUGCAAACGUGCAUGGCAUCUCUGGCCAAGACAACUCGUGAGGGGGAAAAACGUGUAAAUUUCAGGUUUAAGAGUACGUAAUACAUAAUUUUCACGUGAGCUCUUUUAUACAUCCAUAUAUGUGUGCCCGCAUGAGUCAAAACACAUAAUUGUGUUAUCUAUUAGAGGUGUUUUUGUGGCAUAUGUUUCUAAAAGUGGCUUUCUUCCUUCCUUUUCUCUCUCAAUCCCUCAUUUGGUUUUCAUAACUUUCUGUAAUAUGGAUUGAGGAAUCAAGCAGGAAUGCAGGAUCUCCAUGUUCAGGAUUGAAAAAUUCUUAUAAAUAGAAUCUUAAAUCUUAAGCAUUGAAA